AUCUUUACCUAACUUUCAAUAAACAUUGCAAUUAAUCCAAAUAUUGCAAGUAAAUAUUUAAUAAAUUUUUAGAAAAGUUUCGGUGCUGUGGGGGUAGUUUUUUAAAAGUUGAAAUUAACUUGACUGUAACCUACUUUGGAAUCAUUAAUUUCAAAAUUCAUGGAAAUUGAAGUAAUUUUUUAAAUGUUAAUUUCAAUUUUUAGAAAACUUUUGCUCCUGUGUAUUGUUGCCGUCAGUACUCUCUUAUAUGAGUGAUGUAUAACGAAACAUUCAUUCGAGAUUGUGCCUCCCCUCUAGUUAGAUGAUAUUAAAACGAAAUCAAAGUGAAUAAUUAUAAGUAUUGCAAAUCUUUUGUAAUUUUUUAAAAACUUUUUUAUAAAGCUUAUAAAGGUCUACCAUCUCCCUGUUUUGUGUUCAAAUUGUCAAUUAUUUUUAAUAACAUAUACAAAAAAUAGAUUUAGUUCAGUUUGGAAUUUUUUAGAAGAUUUAGAGUGUACGAAAAGUCAAACGAACUGCAAAAUAUUGCAAUAUUAUUUAAUCACUUCAAGGCAAGGUUACGAAACAGCAUCUAGAAAAACGUUAGAAUUACUUUAAUAUCAUACUCCUUACCAAAUAUUUUCAUUAUCAAUUGGACAUGACGAGGAUAACACUUAUCAUUGCUAUAUUCUUUGCGAUAAUUUUAAUCGUGAACUGUAAUAAUCAUGAAUUCGUUGAGGAAGAUUUAAAACAUUUAGAAACAGCUCUUGUCGAAUCUUCAAAAUAUAUGUCUAAGGAAGUUAAAGAAGAAGAUGUAAUAAUUUGCAUCGGUGCUACUAGAGCUGGGAAAAGCACGUUAAUAAACUAUUUAAUUGAUAACAAAUUAAAAGCGGAGAAAGUUUCCUACUUUCAAUCAACUACAAUAUCAAAAGUCGACAAUCAAUCUUUAGGACCGGAAAUUGGAAUCGGCUCUGCAUCAAAAACAACAAUUCCCACUAGAUGGACAUCAGGAAAAUUACCCAAUGUUGCCAUUUGGGAUGCUCCUGGGUUUGAUGAUAAUAGAGGAGCAUUACAAGACAUUACAAACGCUUUUUAUACCUAUCAAUUAUUACAAAAAGUAAAAUCCCUUAGAAUUGUUGUAGUUGUUGACAUUAAUGACAUUCUACAUGAUAAUAUAAAACCCUUUCUAUCUGUCGUAAAAGCUCUUGAAGAUUUAUUCGGAAAUAAAAUGAGAGACUUUUUUACAAGCAUAUCCAUAAUUUUUACAAAGGUACCAGAUACAUUAGAGAAUGUUUCUGUGGAUAUGUCAUUUAUAAAUGAAAAAUUAUCUUAUCAAAUUUUGUCAAGCAGUGACAUGCAAUUGUCUCAAGUUUUGAAGGAUUUUGUACAAUUUUUGAUACAGAACAAUAAUCAUAUUGCUUUCUUUAAAAGACCUAAGAUCGGACCUGUUACUUCUGCCAUAGAUGUAAAUAUUUUUCCUGUCAUUAAAAAUUGCAAACAAAUUGACGCAAAUUCUUUGAAGGAAAUAAACCCUAGUAUUUCUGAAUAUUCCAGAAUAUGUUUAUUUAAAAUCCGCGACACAUUAUAUUCUACGCAAUCAUUUCAAGAUUUUCAAAACAUUCUAAUAUCCAUUAUCGAUAAAAAAGUUAACGAUCUAAGUGCAAUUAGUGACGCAAUAGGAUCUGAAAAUCUUAUAAAUCAAAUUAAGAAUGAUUACACCGCAAUAAAUACUGUGCUUCAUGAUGCUAUUUUUUUAGCCAAAAGUUUUCCUGAGAAAGUAAAAGUUCUUUCGGCGAUUGAUAACAUUAUUGUCAGGAAAGUUGAAGAGCAUAAUCUAUUCGAAAAAUUUAGAUUAAUGGAAUUUGUGGAUAAAUUAUUAAACUUGAAAGAAAGUAUUCAAUUGGACAUUGGAAUACAGACUGUUCUUAAAUCCUUGAUGUUGAAAGUCCAAGAAAAUAUAAAUUCUGCACAAACAAAAAUAAACUCAAUAUCACAGCAAAGAAUACAAAUACAACAAAUGGAACAAGCUCAGAAGCAGCAGAAAGAAUUAGAAGAAUUGCAUAGGCGUCUUGAAGAACAAAGAAGGGAAAGUGAAAGAAAUAGAAACAGAAGAAAGAACUUUUGGAGUCGUAUCUUUGGUUGAAUGUACUGUGUUAUAUUAAUAUUUUUAAAAAUAAUACUCAUUUAUAUUUAAUUCUGAUAAUUCUAUAAAAAAUUAUGAAUUUCAACAUUUUGAGAUUAAACUCUAAUCUCUCAUUGUAUGAUUUAUUGUAUCCAUGAAGUACUUUCAGUCUUCUGUCAAUAAUAUACCGCGAAUGUACAUUAUUUCUGCUUAAACAAUAACAACAUAAAGUGAUUAAAUUUUCUUAUUGUAAGAUGGAAAUAAAUAGUGCAUUAAAUCAACAA